CAUCAUACCAAAACAUGGCGGCCUGCACGGCGCAGGGUCUUGCGCGCAGGAUUCUCAGCCAGGCACUCUUUGCUAGGACAAGGCUGCCUGUCAUCUCCAGUCGCCUCUUCAGUGCAGAGUCAGCGUCUGACGCGCCGUCGCCGGCGGCUUCUGCGGCCAGUGUGCGGCUGAGUGACGCGUGUGUGCAGCAGCUGCGCCGGCUGGCGGCCGAUGGCUCGGCGCUGCGGCUCGCCGUUGAUGGCGGCGGCUGCUCGGGCUUCCAGUACGUGUUCAGCCUGGCCGAUCUGGACGCGCCGCUGGGGCCGGACGACGUGGCCGUAGAGCGGGACGGCGCGCGCGUGCUGGUGGACGCCGUGUCUCUGGAGUACAUCCGCGGCGCCACGGUCGACUACCACGAGGAGCUGAUCCGGUCUGCGUUCCGCAUCAUCGACAAUCCGCAGUCGGAGCAGGGCUGCUCGUGUGGCGCCUCGUUCUCAAUCAAGAUCGAAUAGUGAUCGCUGCCUUAUGCUUGCGAGGUGUUGAGGUUGAUCGAGGCUCCAGAGGAAGAAUGUGGACAACGGUGUUGUCAGUUCUCACACUGGUGAGAGCCAGUGGCGAUGCCCAUGUUAUAGCUCAUUAGAAAAUUUUAUUGUGGCGUUGGAGCUUGAAGAGGAGGAUGGUCGUUACUGUCAUGUCAAUUUUGAUUUACCUAACAGGGACUGGUAACGAGUGUCAAGGUGCUAGCGCUUCUAGCACUGGUCACUUCCGCUAUUCUGUGACUGCUAUGCAGUGUGCAUCGGAUAUUCCCGCUACUAGUGUAUGUUCGCUAAUGUGAUAUUUUCCGAGUCACGAUAGCUGUGGUUAUAACAGUGUGACUCGCAUGUGUGUGCAAUGGCAAUGAGCAUGUCAAUGAAACUGAUCAGUGAUCACCCCAUGGCCGUGGAUGUCAUUUGAAUCAGAACGACAAACUCAG